CACACAAGUUUCAGCUGAUCAUAAUAGGAGGUCUUGGUUUUAUUAUAAUGACUCAACGUGAUGUAUAUGGGCGUGCAUCUGCACUAACUUACCACCUCACUCUGCCUUCAAGUGAUCACUGAGGGAGUUGCCUUCAAUAACGGUCCAACAGCUCCAGCAUCCGAAAGCAGAAAAGUUAAGGUUCUGUUGUGUGUGUAAUAUGCAGAUGUGUACUGUGGUCAGGAUGAUGUGCUAUACUGCAUUUGCCACUUUGUUCCUGUUAGGUGUUGCUACUGGCCAGACUUCCCUUCAGAUUUCAUCCUGCAUAACUAAGGAUCAAAACCUGCAGAUGUACUGCAAGUUCAUUCCAGCUCCAGACCCCAAGCUCCCGAAGAAUUGCUACUACAAGACCGAGGAUAAGGUGAUUGCCAGUACCAACAGCAGCAUGCCCCAAGACAACACCUUCAAGAACCGUGCCAAUGUCUCCAUUGUCGAUAACACAUGCGAGCUGUUAUUGAAAGGUUUCUCGGAUGACAAACCCAAAAACUACACUUGUUUCAUCAAACAGACUGCCUCACCAGGGUCAGUUUCUGCAACUGUGGAGAAGAGUAAGCUUCAGGCCUGUUCUGCCUGGUGUGUUGUGCAGCACAGUGGAGCAGCACUCCUGCUAGCUAUCCUUACUUUCCCACUCUUGUCAGAGCUUCUUUGAGUGUAGAAUGGAUCUCUCUGUACAACUCCACUUCCCCAAAAAAACAAAUUAUAAAUCCUCUAGCUUGUACUACAUUGUAAACAUUUCCUCAGAAAUCAGGUUGUUCAGAUACUGAGAGCACUUUCAAUCAUAUCAUAUAUAUGCAUUGGUUUGGGUGAUGGUGAUGUCAGAAACACUGUUUGAUGCAUGUCCCUGUAAAAUCAUGUACUUUGGAUGUUGAUGUAUGAAUUUAUGCUUUUUAAAGAUGUCAGGUGAACCCACUGUUUGGUCAAAAAUGAAUUCUAAAAUAAAAUUGAAGUUGUACUCUGA